CCCCGCUAGCGGCGCCGCCCCCGCCAUGCGAGCGCCGCCGCUGCUGCUGCUGCUGCUGAUGGCGGCCGCGGGCCUGGCCGUGAGUCCGCUCGCGCGCCUCAACCCCUGGCUGAGCGCGUGCGACCUGGAGGAGGAGGCCGCGAGCGCCGAGUGCGGCGACGGGCACGCGGCGUGUAGCGGCGGCGGCGACACGCUGGCGGGGCGCGACGUGCGGCCGCUGUGCGCGCUGGGAGCUGGGGCGAGGGCCCGCCGCCUGGCGGAGCUGCGGCUGCGCGCCUGCUGCGAGCGUUCGCCCGCCUCAGCUCUGGACCGCGGCGCGCGCGCCGACGUGCUCGCCGGCGGGGAGCGUUGCCAGCGCACGCUGCGCGACCUCCUCGCCCUCGACGCGAUGGUCGCGCGCGUGCACUGCGACUUCGCCACCAUCCUCCAGAGAUACGACUGCGACCAGUCCUACUCCGUACAUACGUGUAACGAGUGCCAGGAGACGUACAGACGGUGGGCAUGCAGCACGAUGGUGCCGCUGUGGGUUGAAGAGGGUUCCGAGGAGGAGGAGGGAGGUGGCAGAUCGAGACGGGCGCCCGAGCACGCGGCACGGUGGCAUGCUAGGCACUUGGAGCGCGUGGGUCACUUGGACCGGCGGCGGACCGGCGUGGCGGGCUACCUGGAUCGACGGCGGACCGGCGGCGUGGUGGGCCGCUGGGUUCGUGCCGCCGCCGCCGGGCCCGGUCGGCCGCUGAGGCUGAAGCCCUGCCUCUCCGUUUGCCAGCUUGUGGAGCAGCACUGCCCUUACUUCCUGCCGGCAGACCGAGCGCCUGCUUAUCCGACGCAAUACGCUGGCGAACCAACCUUUCUAUGCCUCGAUCCUCGAAUACCGGAAACUGGUGCACAAGCCAACAAAUCAAACUAUGGGUCAGACGACUGCUGCUACUGGUACUGCGAGGGAAGACUCUGCUAUCGCUGCGAGGCGAGGCUUAGUGAACCACCACGGCCCGAGGCCGAGAGAUGCGCGCCUGUCGAAGAACGUACGGCCACAUGUUCAGUGCCGUACCAGGCGCCCGCCUCCGCAGCUUCCACCACACUGCACCCCCUGCUCCUCUUAGCCACCAUGGCCGUCAUUUUCGUACGGACUCACUGGACAUCCAUACCUCUAGUGAAUGUGCGCGAUUCGAGGUUAUAGUUUUACGUUAACGUGCGUCGCACUCCCGCGUCCCGCGAUCGGAAGACUAUGAUCGAAACUUGUAUUAGUGCAGUACUUAUGAUAAUAAAUUAUGAGCGACGGGUUCAAUGACGUCAGCGACUCGCGGUGACGGAGACCAGCGCCGCCGCCGAGCCGUCGCCGCGAGUCAGCCAUCUGUAGUCUGUAAGUUUGUCUGUGUCCGUUUGUUUGGUACACCUUUAUCGAUGAAACACCAAAUAUUCUGUAAACGUUACUUAUGCGUUAUGACUUAAAGCUAACGACGGCCGACCUUCCGGCCACUAAAUUAAUGUUUCGACACGAAUUGUAAACGAAUAUUGCAUUGUGUUAAGUGAGAUGUUUGAAUUAUUUAAAUAUAAUGUUCAGUGUUCAUAUUGUUUAAAAGCACGUAAUAUGGCGAAUAACGAAUUAUAUUUUUUACAUCACUGCAGUAUGUUUUUUAUAUGGCAUUUUUUUAAAUAGACGUUACUUAAUCGUGUCAGGUUACACAAAAAACUGUCAUAAUAUGUGGUUUUUAGUACAAUAAAUAUCGUGACUUCAGUAAUACCUAGAGCUUGUGAAUUUGAUAACUCAUUGAUGAAAAAAAAAUCCAUUUUCUUUAUUAUGAGUGAAAUGAGAAAUGUUUCAUAACGAUCACCUUACGCUCUAGGUAUAACUAACGUUGUCUCUAAACUUAUUUAAAAAAUCCAUCUUAUAUAAAGAAAUAUUCAUCUAAUGUUAAAUAAACGAAAUGCAAGCGAUCUUUAGACCAUAGUGACAAUAGUUCAUUUGUAGAGUUAAGUUUUAGCGAAUCGUUGGUAAAGGCGAGAGCGUCGUGACGAGGUUUUACUUUAGAAGAAGAAGUUUUAAAAACGUAAUCAUUUUAAGAAGGGCAAAUCAAACAUUAAUAACCAGCAAAACAGAUUCAAAAUCCACGAACGGUAAUAAUAAAGACAAAAACAAUUGUUUGACACAUUAAAAUGAAAUUAAUAUGCCAAUGUAUGCAUACUUUUCUGAAAUUCUGAAUCAUAUACACACGUUGUCUUAUUAAUUUUAUAUAGAAGCAUGACAACCUCGCCAGGGCGGUCACGUGCCUAUGUAUGCCUAAUUUUGGUCUACAUUGUAUACAUCUUAUGGGCUAGGUCUUGUAUUAGGAUUAAUUAAUUAAAAGUAGUUGUUGUUUCGUAAGAAAAUAUGGCAUAAGAAGAACAGUAUAUGUAAUAAUAUAUCCGUCUUAUGAACUUAUCUGAUAUACCAAUUACAUCUGUAAACAUGGUUGAAAAAGUUUUUUAUAUGAAUUAUCUUAUAUAUAUAAUUGUAUACAUGACGGCUGGGCUGCCCCCGAGCGGGCGAGGUCCCCGUCCUCGUCAUUAUUAUAUAGUUAACAGUGUUUGUUAUUUUGUCUUAUUUUUUAAAAGUAUUAAAAUUAUAGUGGUGUCGUUGAAGAUUUUGUGAUGGAGAAAAUGAUUAAAAAUUAAUGGUUAUUAAGACUUUAUUGAAUGGACAUUUGUUGAGAAUAUUAUCCUCGUUCGGGGAUGUAGUUGUUGUAUUCGAAAGAUAAUAAUAUUAAAUAAGUUAUUUUUCACGUUUUUAUUGUGUAAAUAUAUCAAAAACGGUUUGUUGUUUCCACUCCCGUACUUAAUGAAAGCCACCAAGGGUGCUAAAUGUCUAUUAAUGCUUCUUAGGGAUUUAUUUUCUUUUUCACUACUUCAGAACUUAUAACGUUAACAUCUGUCUAUCUGUCUGAAGAUGGGUGUCAGAAUCACAAUCGGACUGAACAAUUUAUACAAUCCCGCAUCCACCUGGAGCCCCUAGACCUUGAGCUAAAGCCAUAUCACUUACAACACUGUACACUAGCAUACCAAAAGCAAAUAUUUUAAUAACAUUUUGACUGUAACUUCCACUCUUAUCCGGUUUUAGUAUGACAGGAUAGUGGGUCGUAUUGUUUCAAUCGAGUAUCUAAUUCGAAAGUAAAAUAAUAAUUUGAUGUAUCCUUCUACAGACUCAAAAGUUCGCUGCCACUGUUCCAUCCGAUCCUAAAAAUGAUCGUUCAUAUCUUUUUAGGUAUUAUUUUUUUUCAUGGUUAAACAUUAUUUUUUUUUUAAAUUAAAUUUUCAACUAAUUUUACAUCAAUCAGGGUGCAGGCGUGAUGAAACAUGACUUGAAUGAAAUUAUUAUAUUUAUAUGUAAUCGUAUACUAAAGAGAAAAGUAAAGGAAUUAAUAACAACAGUUCCAUUAUUUUAAACAGGUUUCAGUUUGUUGGUAACGUUGAUUCGCGGUAAUGAGAUGCAAUUUUUCAACAAAGACUAAUUAUUGCCCAAAGAGUUUAUUAUGUCGAAUGAUUUAAAAUAAUAGGUUUAGUUCCUGCUCUGCUAACCAUAACAGUAUCUGAAGAUUAUGUUCAUGAAAUUAGAAGGAAAUUAUAGGAGAUCAGAAUAAAGCCACUUUUGUUUUGAAAUUCUUGAAAAAACAUCGAAAGUCACGACGCAUUUCGUAUCUCCUCCGCAAAAAAGGUCUUUCACAAUAUCUUAUUAUGUAUGUAGAGUUAUCAAAAUUUAGAGUUAGACAAUGAAUUAUUAGAACAUAAUUAAUUGAAACAAUUUUUGAGCACUCGUUAAAACUCACACACUGACCGUACAUUCCUUCUUUUUUGGUAUUUCUUCUAUCACUCCUAUUAAUCUUCACUUGGCCACUAUUCUAUUUUAGAGUAGAUUAGUAAAGACCAAUGGACAAUCGGUUUGUAUAAUGUUGAAACAAAAACACAUGAUUAGUGUAAUAUCCUCCGUUAACUUAAACCAAUACACUUUUGGUAUGUCGAGUUAAAAUUCUGUCAACUGUAUUUGCUCGUAGAUACUAGACAUAGGAUACUAAAGUUUAAAUACGCUAAUGAAAGUUUAUUAUUGAGACCAGCUAUUCAAUUUCUUGUUGAUUUUGUAGGGACACAAAAGUUAGCAAUAAUUCGUAGCGAUUAACGGAUUAAUCAUGUAGAGGUCACAUCCACGGAUCGUUUGACACGAGAUAGUUCUGGCAAGGUGUUUGACUUGGUAGAAUCGGACGAGUUGGUAAAGUCUGGCUAGUCAGACGAGUCUGACCAAUUGAACGGAUUCGGUUAGUCAGAUAAUUCUGGUGAUUCGGAUUAGUUCAUUGUGUCGGAUAAGUCUGGCCAGUCGGAUGUUUCAGACAAGGCUGCGAUGAUGGCUGGGACACGUGCUCUUCUUAGUAGGUUUAGUAUAAUGGGUGUAUUUGAUAUUACGUUGAGAGUUUGAUGAUAGCGUGUACAUUAUGUUUUUGAAUAAUAUACGUAUGUUUUGAUGUACAUAAUAAAGUGUAAAUGUUUAACGCACAAAAUAAAACAUUUUACUAUGAUUAUUAUUAUGUAUUUAGCUAUAAACUGUAACUGAAAGUUAAAUAUUAGGAUUAUAAAUAGGUUUUUCGUGAAACUGCUGCCACGCUGUUCUUGUUUCUUUUAGCGCGAAUUCGAAUUUUAGUAGAUUAUUAUCAUAUGUGUAUGAGAUGCGAUGUUUUUAUUUUGGCAGCACUUCGUCACGAAAUCCACCUUAAUUUAAAUUAUUGAAUUUGGUAUCGACGGAAUUAAUUAGUUAUAUUGUAAGUUGAGAUACAUGUUAGAUUUACACGACGACACUGUUGUCUGUUUCACACGCACAAAGUCAACAUAACGCUUCAGGGCUCUGUUAUGUCUCCAAUACAUAAAGAUAAAUUCAAUGUACCAUAGGCACAACGUCUCGUUCAGUUAAUAUUAAGCAAGGAAAACACCAAAUUAUAGCCUUUUACAUACAAUAUAAAAUAGAUAUGAGUAAAAAUAGUCUUGAUCGGGUGACGGUCAUGUUGAUGUUGAAAAUAUAUUUUAUACAAAACAAUUCACAUGCACGAUCAUUCAUAUUAUUGGUAUCAUUAAUAUUUUUAAAAUUUUGAUGGUAUUAUUUGUACACGUGACAUUUACAAACAACGUUGGCGAUUGUUGAAUUAAUGAGAAAUUGUUUAGAUAUUUUAUGAGAGCAACGAAAUAUAUAUCGGGAUGUCAGAUAUGAUUUUUUUUUAUGGUUUAUUUUUUGACCCCCUUUUUCAUUCGCACUGGAAUCGUGGAAUAUUUUUAAAUCUUGGUCAGUUUUAAUCAAUAAAGACAUACCUCUUAGAGAGCCAUUUUGAAAAUAUUACAUGCCAACUUGGAUUGGUUAUUGAGCUUACCAAGUUUUUACAUCGUAACUUUAUUUUAAAAUUACUUUCCCUAUAAUUUAAGUAAACGAAGAAUUCUCAUGACGCAUUUCUUUCAUAACUUAAUUUAAUAAUUAUUCACUAUCCUUGCUUAAUUUGUUUCAGACAUUAAUCCUACUUUGGUUCAAUAGAGAAUUUGUUUCUCCCGUUAAUUUUGAUACUUUUCUCUUUCCAAGACGAUCUUGAUAUAUUUGUAUUUUUUUCACUUAAAACGUUAUUUUUGGUCCAAAUGAUUAGAAAUAUUUGUGUGAUCCUGAACUCCUCCCCGUUUAAAAUAUUUUUAUUAUUUUAAAGGAAACCAAAGCGUAAAGAAUAAUUACAAUCAGUAUGUCACAGUAUAUACCGUUUGUUCUUUUUUUGGUUUUUUAUCUUACAAACCUCGUCAACUCCACAGAAAAAUUCAUAAUAAUACGAUUUUCAAAGUCCUAAGUUCAGUCUUCUAAUACCAGUAAUGUAGGGUAGUUUUUUUUUCCUUUACAUGGUCCCUAUUUAUUCGUUCACAAUAGAUAGCUUAGCAUUGUAAUGGAUCAAUAUUUAUAUGGAGGUGAUAGUAAUAUUACGUGAACAUUAAAAAUCUUAUGAUAAAUAUAUGUAUUAAGAGUUCUCAUUAUUUUUCAUAAUAAUUUUUACGCGAACGAAACAGUAUAAUGUAAUGUAAAACCAGUAUCUGUAAGCCGUUGAGGUUUUGUAUUAGCGCUGUAUAUUAUUAUAUAUUUAUAAAUAUAUUAUUUGCGUUCAAUUUGAUAUAGAAUGAUAAGGAAUAACGGAAAAAUAAAACAUCGGAUGGGAAGUGAUUAUCAAACAAAGAGGUAUAUGUUGAAAUGUUGAACGAAUAGAGAUUUUAACGCUUGUUACUUGCUUAUACUCAUAACAUAGAUUGUUUUCCGUUCGGCUUUCUACAAAAAUCCUUUCAAUAAAUAAGUUGUUUACUUAAAUUUAUUAUUUAUCUUAAUUUCCAAUUAUCGUCAGCACCAAAGCUAAUUAAUUUAUAUUCUCAGUAGUGAAACAGUACCUUCACUUUUAUUAAUUAAUAAUUACUUAUAAGUUCUAGAUCAUAUAAAUAUAUAUUUAUACAUAUAGGCGUCAUCUAUUAUAUACUUUUUUUUUAUUUUCGUGUAAUGUAUUUAGUAUCUUCUGUUGCAUCGUGUUUCUAUUUCAUAAGUAAGAACAAAUUAUAUCUAUAAAGUCCAAGGGGCAAUUUUUACUAACCUUUAAUCUUCGUACCUUUUAAGGUUAACUUUAAAAUUGCCUGGAUAAUAGUGAGAGAGGUAGUGUAGUAUUUAAUCUCCUAAUUACAACAGUAAGCAAAUUAGGCGGACGGCUUCUGGGUGAAGCCGACGUCAGCUAACACUGCCACUUCAUGCAGUCCUCGAUAUAUUAAUAUGAUCUAGGAUGUGUCGUAGGUAUUUCUCGAGUAGUGAUUGUGUAAUAAGUCUUAUGUUACGCCUUCUAAGAUACGAGCCGAGGAGCCCGGCUCCGCUCGUCUAGUCGACGUACAACACACGAACUAACAUUAAUAUCGUUCGAAUAAUUAUUAUUACGGUAGACAGAUUUCGACGUUUAAUAUUAUUUGCAUUUUCCUAAGAGUUAGAACGAUUGAGACAGUAGGUCGCACGACCGUGUUAUGAUAAAUUGUGGAGAUGUUUAUUAAAAAAAAUACGUUUACGAAAAUGAAAUAAAAGCCAAAAAUAUUGUCAUAUAAACCUGUAAUUAAUAACUUAAGAGGAAUUAUUGGAGAACCUGAAAGACGUUAAAUAAACCGAUUAAAAUACGA